AUGGGCAACCCUUUCUCGAUACCCUGUGAUCCGUGUGUAAAUAAAAUCUCUCAGUGGCUAGGCGAGAAAGCAGCUUAUAUACACGACCUCGAGAAGAAUCUUGUGGCUGUGGAGACAACCAUGGAAGAUCUCACGGCUAAGCGAGAUACUUUGGCAGGGAGGGUCAAGCGAGAGGAGGAUAGAGGUCAACAAAGGACUGCUGAAAUCAAGGUAUGGCUUACUAGAACUGAGACUGUAGAGAAAGAAGUCAACGAACUUCUUAGUGCUAGUGAUGCUGAACUUCAGAAGCUGUGUCUUCAUGGGUUUUGUUCUAAGAGUUUUAAAUCGAGCUAUCGUUAUGGUAGAAGUAUUGUCUUGAAGUUAAGGGAGGUUGAGAAUCUCAAAAAUGAAGAAUUUAAAGAGAUUACUGAGCCAUCUCUAACAUCUGAGGUGGAGGAAAUGCCUCUUCAACCGAUAAUUGUUGGUCAAGAAACAAUGCUGGAGAAGGCAUGGAAACAUCUCAAGGAAGAUGGGGUUGGUAUGAUGGGUUUGUAUGGUAUGGGCGGAGUAGGAAAAACUACGCUUCUCACACAGAUCUAUAAUAAGUUCAGUGAAGAAAGGUGUGGGUUUGAUUUUGUGAUUUGGGUUGUGGUGUCUCAAGAGUUACAAGCAGAGAAGAUUCAAGAUGAAAUCGCUCAGAAAGUUGGUCUUGGUGGAGAGGGGUGGAACGCAAAAGAUAAAAGUGGAAAACGCAUAAGUUUACACAAUUUCUUGUUGAAGAAGAAAUUUGUGUUGUUUCUAGAUGACUUAUGGCAGAAGGUAGAAUUAUUUGAGAUCGGAGUCCCGUUUCCAACAAGAGGAAAAAACAGAUGCAAAGUGGCCUUCACCACUCGUUCCCAGGAAGUGUGUGCACGCAUGGGGGUCCAAGACCCAAUGGAAGUCCAAUGCUUGGCGGACAAUGAAUCGUUUGAUUUGUUUCAAAAGAAGGUUGGAGAAAGAACACUCGGAAGCGAUCCGGAGAUUCCUGAUCUUGCAAGAAUAGUUGCUAGCAAAUGUGAUGGCCUACCAUUGGCGCUCAAUGUCAUAGGCGAGACCAUGUCGUGCAAGAGGACAGUGCAAGAAUGGCAGUAUGCGAUUGAUGUUUUGACUGAAUACGCCAACAAGUUUUCUGGCAUGGAAGAUAAGAUCCUUCCGCUUUUGAAGUACAGCUACGAUAACCUAAAGGGGGACCAGGUCAAAUCGAGUUUGCUAUAUUGCGCUUUAUUCCCGGAAGACGAUAAAAUCGAUAAAGAUAAAUUGAUAGAGUACUGGAUAGGCGAAGGGAUUAUAGAUGCAAGUGAAGGUAUCGAGAGAGCUGAGAACAAGGGUUAUGAGAUAAUUGGUAGUCUUGUUCGUGCAUCAUUGCUGAUGCAGGUUGAAAGGGUUGACCCAAAUUACGUGCGUAUGCAUGAUGUCGUUCGUGAAAUGGCUUUAUGGAUCGCAUCUGAUUUGGGAACAGAGAAGGAUGCUUUCAUUGUGCGUGCUGGUGUUGGGUUACGUAAAAUACCAAAGGUGAAGAAAUGGAACGUUGUGAGAAGAAUGUCUCUCAUGCAUAACGAGAUUCGCAGUCUCGAUGGAAGUCCUGAAUGUCUCGAACUCAAAACUUUGCUCUUGCAAAGAACCUCUUUGGAAAAGAUCUCGAGUGAAUUCUUCAAGUCCAUGCCAAAGCUUGUUGUUUUGGAUCUAUCGGUUAGUCAAAAUCUCUCAGAAGUGCCCGAAGGAAUAUCACAACUAGUUUCUUUGCAAUAUCUCGACUUGUCAUGGACUAAUAUAUGUCAUUUGCCUAAGGGUCUACAAGAGUUGAAAAAACUAAUUCACUUGGAUUUGGAAUACACAAGAGAGCUUCAGAGUAUUGCUGGGAUAUCAAGGCUCCAUAACUUGAAAGUCUUGAACGUUUCUUCUUCUGGUUUCUCAUGGGAUCUCAGCACAGUGGAGGAGUUGGAAACCUUGAAACAUUUACAAGUUUUAUUGGCUUCAUUCCACGGUCCUCCUCAAGUUCUGAAGCAAUUUCUGAGCUCUCAUAGGUUGACGAGUUGUACACGAUCUCUAGAGAUGGGAGGUAAGGAAUCAUCUGGAUUAUUAUCAAUUCCGGUAACUAUGGAAAAGCUUCGAGAAUUAACCAUUUACGGAAGCACAAUCUCUGAGAUAAAUAUGGUAAAUAUAUGCAUCAAAAGCAAGACGGUUUCUCCUCUACACAAUCCGAGUAAUGUAUGCUUCUCCAGCCUCUCCCAUGUGUAUGUAGUGGAUUGCAAAGGCCUGAGGGAACUAACUUGGCUAAUGUUCGCUCCGAAUCUUAGAAGUCUUGUUGUUACAAAUGCAAGUGAACUAGAAGAUAUAAUAAACAAAGAGAAAGCUUCCAAAGAGGAUGUUCCUUUUCCAAAGCUGGUUUCUCUUAGGUUGCAAAAUCUGCCGAUGUUGAAGAAUAUCUAUUGGAGACCUCUACCCCUUCCAUGUCUCAAGGAAAUCGAAGUAAUCAAAUGUCCAAAUCUGAAAAAGCUUCCACUCGAUUCCCAGAGUGGCACGCAUGGUGAAAACAGACUCAUCAUAAAAAACCAUGACAUUGAAUGGAUUGAAAGUGUGGAAUGGGAGGACAACGCAACCAAAAACCGCUUCUUGUCUGCAUCAAAAACGGUAUAA